CUGCCCGCGCUGCUGCUCCUGGCCGCCGCCCUGCCCGCCCUGCCCGCCGCCUCCCGGGAGCCGCUGGUCCCCGGUGGGACCAGCGCUUUCGACCCCGGGCCCAGCAAGACCGACAUGCUGGACGCAGCGCGCACGGCCCGGGAGCUGCGGGAGCUGUUGGCCAUGAGUCCAGAUGCGCGCCUGGGGGGACAGCGGCGCGGGCCAGUCGCGGGGCCCCAGAGUUGUGUGCGUCUGGGCGGUCACCCACUGCCUUUGCCGCUGCUCCUAGCCGCGUGCAGCGCCGGGACGGCACGGAGCCUCUGUCUGAGGGCGCGCGCGCUCGGUCCCGUCUGCGGACAGGCUCCAGGCGGGGAGCUGCGCGCGCGGGCCCUGCGCUCAGUGCCCGGCCCCGUUUCUGCGCGCUGCUGCCGGAGCCACAGCAGGGCCCUCACCGCCUUUCUGCCCCACCGCUGCUUGUGCCACCCUGUCUGCCGGCGUCUGAUGUGCGCCCUGGGCCGCUCGGCCAACUCCGUCCAGGCGGCGCUGACGCUAGGGGGGGUCGCGGGGAAGCUCUCCAGGUCUCGGCAGCCGCCAAGCCUUUCCGGGGUAGGAUCAGGCACCGCGCGGCGGUCCCGAAGGGGAGCGGGCGGUAGCUCGAGCCCGCAGUUCCAACUACCCAGCUACCAGGUGUCGGUGCCUGAGAACGAGCCGGCGGGCACGGCGGUCAUUGAACUGCAAGCGCACGACCCGGACGAGGGCGAAGCCGGGCGCCUGAGCUACCAGAUGGAGGCACUGUUUGACGAACGCUCCAAUGGCUACUUCCUCAUCGACGCCGCCACCGGCGCGGUGAGUACUGCCCGCGCGCUGGACCGCGAGACCAAGGACACGCACGUGCUCAAAGUGAGCGCCGUGGAUCACGGCUCGCCGCGCCGCUCGGCUGCCACCUACCUCACCGUCACAGUCAGCGACACCAAUGACCACAGCCCCAUCUUUGAGCAGUCCGAGUACCGCGAGCGUGUGCGCGAGAACCUCGAAGUGGGCUACGAGGUGCUGACCAUCCGCGCCACCGAUGGCGACGCGCCCUCCAAUGCCAAUAUGCGCUACCGCCUGCUGGAGGGGACAGGCGGCGUCUUUGAGAUCGACCCGCGCUCCGGUGUGGUGCGCACUCGGGCCCCGGUGGACAGGGAGGAGGCGGCCAAGUACCAGCUACUGGUGGAGGCCAAUGACCAGGGCCGCAACCCGGGGCCACUCAGUGCCACGGCCACCGUCCACAUCGCUGUGGAGGACGAAAACGACAACUACCCGCAGUUCAGCGAGAAGCGCUAUGUGGUCCAGGUGCCUGAGGACGUGGCCGUCAACACUCCGGUGCUGCGCGUGCAGGCCACAGACCAGGACCAGGGUCAGAACGCCGCCAUCCACUACAGCAUUGUCAGCGGGAACCUGAAAGGACAGUUUUACCUGCAUUCCCUGAGCGGAAGUUUAGAUGUAAUCAACCCACUGGACUUCGAGGCCAUCCGCGAGUACACCCUACGCAUCAAGGCCCAGGAUGGCGGCCGGCCUCCUCUCAUCAACUCCUCAGGACUGGUGGCCGUACAGGUGCUGGACGUGAACGACAACGCACCCAUCUUUGUGAGCAGCCCCUUCCAGGCGGCGGUGCUGGAAAACGUUCCCCUGGGCUACUCCGUGCUGCACAUCCAGGCGGUAGAUGCUGACGCUGGAGAAAAUGCCCGGCUGCACUACCGCCUGGUGGACACAGCCGGGGCUGGAGGCGCUGGGGGCACUGGACCCGAGGAUUCUGCUCGGGGCCCAGAUUUCCCCUUCCAGAUUCACAACAGCAGCGGGUGGAUCACGGUGUGCUCAGAGCUGGACCGAGAGGAGGUGGAGUACUACAGCUUUGGUGUGGAGGCCGUGGACCAUGGCUGGCCACCCAUGAGUUCCUCGGCCAGUGUGUCCAUCACGGUGCUGGACGUCAAUGACAAUGACCCGGUGUUCACGCAGCCGGUGUAUGAGCUCCGCCUGAAUGAGGAUGCGGCAGUGGGUAGCAGUGUGCUGACCUUACAGGCCCGAGACCGGGAUGCCCACAGUGUGAUCACCUACCAGCUUACGGGAGGCAACACGCGGAACCGCUUUGCCCUGAGCAGUCAGAGCGGCGGCGGCCUCAUCACGCUGGCCCUGCCGCUGGAUUACAAGCAGGAGCGUCAGUACGUGCUGGCAGUGACGGCGUCUGACGGGACCCGCUCGCACACUGCGCAGGUCUUCAUCAACGUCACGGACGCCAACACCCACCGACCCGUCUUCCAGAGCUCCCACUACACGGUCAGCGUCAGCGAGGACCGACCUGUGGGCACUUCCAUCGCCACCAUCAGCGCCACGGAUGAGGACACCGGGGAGAAUGCUCGCAUCACCUAUGUGCUGGCAGACCCAGUGCCUCAGUUCCGCAUCCAUCCCGACACCGGCACCAUCUACACCAUGACCGAGCUGGACUAUGAGGACCAGGCUGCCUAUACACUGGCCAUCACUGCUCGGGACAAUGGUAUCCCCCAGAAGUCAGACACCACCUCCCUGGAGAUCCUCAUACUUGAUGCCAAUGACAACGCCCCCCGCUUCUUGCGUGACUUCUACCAGGGUUCCGUCUUUGAGGAUGCACCUCCGUCAACCAGCGUGCUGCAGGUCUCUGCCACCGAUCGGGACUCGGGCCCCAAUGGCCGGCUCCUUUACACCUUCCAGGGUGGGGACGACGGUGACGGGGACUUCUACAUCGAGCCCACCUCUGGUGUCAUCCGUACCCAGCGCCGGCUGGACCGGGAGAAUGUGGCCGUGUAUAGCCUGCGGGCGCUGGCUGUAGACCGGGGCAGCCCAUCACUGAGUGCCUCGGUGGAGAUCCAGGUGAGCGUGCUGGACAUCAAUGACAACCCUCCUGUGUUUGAAAGGGACGAGCUAGAGCUCUUUGUGGAGGAGAACAGCCCGGUGGGAUCUGUGGUGGCGAGGAUCCGUGCCAAUGACCCUGACGAAGGUCCCAAUGCCCAGAUCAUGUAUCAGAUCGUGGAAGGCAACGUGCCUGAAGUCUUCCAGCUGGAUCUGCUCAGCGGGGACCUGCGUGCCCUGGUUGAGCUGGACUUUGAGGUCCGGCAGGACUACAUACUGGUGGUCCAGGCUACGUCGGCCCCUUUGGUGAGCCGGGCCACAGUGCACGUCCGCCUGCUGGACCAGAAUGACAAUCCACCCGUGCUGCCUGACUUUCAGAUCCUCUUCAACAAUUAUGUCACUAACAAGUCCAACAGCUUCCCCAGUGGAAUCAUCGGCCGCAUCCCAGCCCACGACCCUGACCUCUCGGACAGCCUCAACUACAGCUUUGUGCAAGGCAAUGAGCUCCGACUGCUCCUGCUUGACCCUGCCACAGGCGAACUGCAGCUCAGCCGAGACCUCGACAACAACCGGCCACUAGAGGCGCUGAUGGAGGUGGUUGUGUCGGACGGCAUCCACAGCGUCACUGCGCUUUGCACCCUACGCGUCACUAUCAUCACCGACGACAUGCUUACCCACAGCAUCACGGUCCGCCUGGAGAACAUGUCACAGGAGCGGUUUCUGUCCCCGCUGCUCGGCCUCUUCGUGGAGGGCGUGGCGGCCGUGCUGUCCACUGCCAAGGACGACGUCUUUGUCUUCAACAUCCAGAACGACACGGACGUGCGCGCCAACAUCCUGAACGUGACCUUCUCGGCGCUGCUGCCCGGUGGCGGGCGCGGACGCUUCUUCCCGUCCGAGGAGCUGCAGGAACACAUCUACCUGAACCGCACGCUGCUGACCACCAUCUCCGCCCAGCGCGUGUUGCCCUUCGACGACAACAUCUGCCUGCGGGAGCCCUGCGAGAACUACAUGAAGUGCGUGUCCGUGCUGCGUUUCGACAGCUCCGCCCCCUUCAUCAGUUCCACUACAGUGCUCUUCCGACCCAUCCACCCCAUCACCGGCCUGCGCUGCCGCUGCCCACCCGGCUUCACCGGCGACUACUGUGAGACUGAGAUCGACCUGUGUUACUCUAGCCCCUGCGGGGAACACGGCCGGUGCCGUAGCCGCGAGGGCGGUUACACCUGCGAAUGCCUGGAAGAUUACACAGGGGAACACUGCGAGGUGAACGUGCGCUCGGGCCGCUGUGCCAACGGAGUGUGCAAGAACGGGGGCACCUGCGUGAACCUUCUCAUUGGUGGCUUCCACUGCGUGUGUCCUCCCGGCGAGUACGAGAAGCCCUACUGUGAGGUGACCACCAGGAGCUUCCCACCCCAGUCCUUUGUCACCUUCCGCGGUCUACGGCAGCGUUUCCACUUCACCAUUUCCCUCACGUUUGCCACCCGAGAAAGGAAUGCCUUGCUUCUCUACAACGGCCGCUUCAACGAGAAGCAUGACUUCCUGGCUCUGGAGAUCGUGGACGAGCAGGUGCAGCUCAUCUUCUCUGCAGGUGAGACCACCACGACGGUCGUGCCCCAGGUGCCGGGGGGCGUGAGUGAUGGCCAGUGGCACUCGGUCCAGGUGCAGUACUACAACAAGCCCCACAUCGGCCGCCUGGGCCUGCCCCAUGGGCCAUCCGGAGAGAAGGUGGCUGUAGUGACUGUGGAUGACUGUGAUACCACAAUGGCCGUGCGCUUCGGGGACCACGUCGGAAACUACAGCUGUGCCGCCCAGGGCACUCAGAGCGGCUCCAAGAAGUCCCUGGAUCUGACGGGCCCUCUUCUCCUGGGUGGUGUCCCCAACCUGCCCGAGGACUUCCCUGUGCACAGCCGGCAGUUUGUGGGCUGCAUGCGGCACCUGUCCAUCGACGGCAAGAUCAUGGACAUGGCCGGCUUCAUCGCCAACAACGGCACCAGGGCAGGCUGUGCUGCCCAGAGGAACUUCUGUGAUGGAACGUCUUGUCAGAAUGGGGGCACAUGUGUCAACAGGUGGAACACGUAUCUGUGUGCGUGUCCUCUCCGCUUUGGUGGGAAGAACUGUGAGCAAGCCAUGCCCCACCCCCAGCACUUCAGCGGCGAGAGCGUCGUGUCCUGGGGUGACCUGACCAUCACCAUCUCUGUGCCGUGGUACCUGGGGCUCAUGUUCCGGACCAGGAAGGCGGAUGGCGUGCUGAUGGAGGCCACAGCCGGUGCAUCCUCCCGGCUCCUUCUGCAGAUCCUGGGUGAUCACCUCCAGUUUGAGGUGUUCCACGGCCCCUCGGAUGUGGUGUCCAUGACGCUACCCAGAUCCCGCGUGACUGAUGGGGAGUGGCACCACCUGUUGAUAGAGCUGAGGAGCGCCAAGGAGGGCAAGGACAUUAAGUACCUGGCGGUGAUGACUCUGGACUACGGGAUGGACGAGAGCAUAGUGCAGAUCGGAAACCAGCUCCCCGGGCUGAAGAUGAAGAGCAUCAUUGUCGGGGGCAUGUCUGAAGACAAGGUGUCCGUGCGCCAAGGUUUCCGGGGCUGCAUGCAGGGAGUGAGGAUGGGAGAGACGUCUACAAACAUCGCCACCCUGAACAUGGACAUGGCUCUCAAGGUCAGGGUGAAGGACGGCUGUGAGCUGCAGAAUCCCUGUGCUUCGAGUCCUUGCCCCCUUCACAGCCGCUGCCGUGAUGCCUGGGACAGCUACUCCUGCAUCUGCGACCGAGGAUACUUUGGACGGAGGUGUGUAGAUGCAUGCCACUUGAACCCCUGUGAGCACGUGGCGACCUGCAUACACGCACCCGGCUCCCCCCGGGGCUACUCGUGCGAAUGUGGGGCUGGUCACUAUGGGCCAUACUGUGAGAACAGAAUCAACCUCCCGUGCCCCAAAGGCUGGUGGGGGAGCCCUGUGUGUGGCCCCUGCCACUGCGCUGUCAGCAAAGGCUUUGACCCAGACUGCAACAAGACCAGCGGGCAGUGCCAGUGUAAGGAAAACCACUACAAGCCCCCCGACCAGGACGCCUGCCUGCCCUGCGACUGCUUUCCGCACGGCGCCCACAGCCGCACCUGCGACUCGGACACCGGGCAGUGUGCCUGCAAGCCGGGCGUCAUUGGGCGUCAGUGCAACCGCUGUGACAACCCCUUCGCUGAGGUCACCAUGCAGGGCUGUGAGGUGACCUACAGCGGCUGUCCCCGGGCAUUCGAGGCUGGCAUCUGGUGGCCACAGACCAAGUUCGGGCAGCCGGCUGCAGUGCCAUGUCCCAAGGGCUCCUUGGGAAAUGCGGUGCGGCACUGCAGUGGGGAGAAGGGCUGGCUGCCCCCCGAACUCUUCAACUGUACCUCCUCCGCCUUCCUGGACCUCAAAAUCGCGAACGAGAAGCUGAGCCGCAAUGAGACACGGCUGGAUGGGGACACCUCCGUGCGGAUGGCCAAGGCACUGCACAAUGCCACGCGGAACGCUGGCACCAUGUUUGGCAACGAUGUGCGCACCGCCUACCAGCUGCUGGCCCGUGUCCUUGGUCAUGAGAGCCAGCAGCAAGGCUUCAACCUGGCGGCCACGCGGGAUGCAAGCUUCCACGAGGACGUGGUGAACACAGGCAGUGCCCUCCUGACCCCGGCCACCAGGCCCGCCUGGGAACAAAUCCAGAGGAGCGAGGACGGCUCUGCACAGCUAUUGAGGCGCUUCGAGGCCUAUUUCAGCACCGUGGCCCGCAACGUCCGGAGCACCUACCUGCGGCCCUUCAUCAUUGUCACCCCCAACAUGAUCCUUGCUGUUGACAUCUUUAACAAGUCUAACUUCACCGGAGCCCGGGUGCCGCGAUUCGAGGAUAUUCAUGAAGAGUACCCAAAGGAGCUGGCAUCCUCCGUCUUCUUCCCCGCAGACUUCUUCAAACAGUCUGAGAAGAAGAAAGCCCCCACAGCCAGGCCACCCAGCCGGAAGACCACCCCGCAGUCGGCACGCUCUGGGCCCAGUACUGAGCGGGAGGCUGCAGCCAGGCGGUACAGGAGACACCCAGACGAGCCCGGCCAGUUUGCUGUCGCCCUGGUCAUCAUCUACCGGACCCUGGGACAGCUGCUGCCCGAGCACUAUGACCCUGACCGCCGCAGCCUUCGGCUGCCCAGCCGGCCAGUCAUCAACACGGCAGUGGUGAGCGCAGCAGUGUACAGUGAGGGCUCCAUGCUCCCGAGUCCCCUGGAGAGGCCCGUCCUGGUGGAGUUGGCCCUACUGGAGACUGAGGAGCGCACAAAGCCCACCUGCGUGUUCUGGAACCACUCCAUCCCCAUUGGCAGUACUGGAGGCUGGUCAGCCAAGGGCUGCGAACUCCUGUGGCGGAACCGGACGCACGUGGUGUGUCAGUGCAACCACCUGACCAGCUCCGCGGUGCUCAUGGAUAUCUCCCGGCGAGAGCAUGGCGAGGUCCUGCCUUUGAAAAUCGUCACCUACGCGGCCCUGUCCUUGUCCCUGGCGGCCCUGCUGGUGGCCUUUGCCCUACUGGCACUGGUCCGGACACUGCGCUCGAACCUGCACUGCAUCCACAGGAACCUCAUUGUGGCUCUCUUCUGCUCCCAGCUGGUCUUUGGAGUCGGCAUCAACCAGACCGAGAACCCGUUCGUGUGCACGGUCAUCGCGAUCAUCCUGCACUAUGUCCACAUGAGUACCUUCGCCUGGACCUUCGUGGAGGGCCUGCAUGUCUACCGCAUGCUGACCGAGGCCCGCAACAUCGACUCGGGGCCCAUGCGCUUCUACUACGUCGUGGGCUGGGGCAUCCCGGCUGUCAUCACAGGACUGGCUGUGGGCCUGGACCCACAGGGCUAUGGGAACCCUGACUUCUGCUGGCUGUCCCUGCGAGACACACUCAUCUGGAGUUUCGCUGGGCCCAUUGGAGCUGUGAUCAUCAUCAAUACAGUCAUUUUCGUCCUGUCUGCCAAGGUGUCCUGUCAAAGAAAGCGCCAUUAUUACGAAAGGAAAGGGGUCAUCUCCCUGCUGAGGACGGCCUUCCUGUUAUUGCUGCUCGUCAGCGCCACCUGGCUGCUGGGGUUGCUGGCCGUGAACCGGGAUGCACUGGCCUUCCACUACCUCUUUGCUGUCUUCUGUUGCUUACAGGGCCUCUUCGUCCUCCUGUUCCACUGCGUGCUCAACAGGGAAGUCCGGAAACACCUGAAGGGGGUGCUCACUGGCAAGAAGCCCCACCCGGACGACUCAGCCACUACCAGGGCCACACUGCUGACGCGUUCCCUCAACUGCGACAACACCUACAAUGAGGAACCCAACAUGUACCGCACAGCCCUGGGCGAGUCCACUGCCUCCCUGGACAGCACCCUGAGGGACGAAGGUGUCCAGAAGCGUAUGUCAUCGGGGCUGGCACGGGGCAGCCAUGGGGAGUCAGAUGCACCCUUUGUCCACAGGAGCACCAAGAAGGGCCACGGCCGAGACUCAGACUCGGACAGUGAACUCUCCUUGGAUGAGCAGAGUAGUUCCUACGCCUCCUCACACUCAUCAGACAGCGAGGAUGAAGGCAUGGAGGCCGAGGACCAGUGGGAGCCUGCCACGCCCCAGGCUCAUGGCCACGGCCCCGCCCACAGCACCCCCAAAGUGGACACUACAGCCAACCACAUCACUGCCGACUGGCCUGAUGGGAGCCUGGCCGGUAGUGACAGGGAGGAGCCCGGCGAGAAGCCGCACCUGAAGGUGGAGACCAAGGUCAGCGUGGAGCUGCACCAGGAGCGGCCCCCGGAGCAGAGGAAAGGCAUCCUGAAAAACAAGGUCACCUACCCGCCUCCGCUGACCGAGAAGACCCUGAAGGCCCGGCUGAGGGACAAGCUGACUGAUGGGGACCAGAGUGCUGGCUCCUCUCGAACAUCCUCCGUGGGCUCCAGUGAUGGAGGGUCACGGGCCCCUGAGGACGGUGGUGUUACCAUCAAGAGCCCGCUGCCCCGAGAGCCAGCGCAUGAGCACCUCAAUGGGGUGGCCAUGCAUGUGCGGACCGGGAGCGCCCAGGCCUGCGGGGCCGACUCCGAGUGA